GCACACAAUGGUCUGAAUUAUCCAAAGGUCUCAAAUUUCCACCUACUUUUGAAACCGAUUGUGUCGUUUUUCCACGGUAGUUGGCAGUGGUUUGCUUGUGUAGGACAGGGAGAGGACUUUUUCUGUUCCUUUGCAUUGAAUCCUGCACGUAGUGCCCAGCUGAGUGUCUUAUAGGAAGUUGUGACAACUUUGUUUUGCCCGAGGCGGUUUGUCGUAUCGGCAACAGUGACAAACUUUCUCAGGACUGGACCCGGUGUCGCGGCGUGGGCCGGAGGUUUGAACCUCAAACAACGGACUUUGCUUUGCUUUGGGUUAGGACUGCAAACUUUGUCGCGUUGCUGACUACGGUAAACAGAACGGUGUGCGAUUUUUUUAGGGCAAGCAUGUCGUACAUGUACGACCCGGACACCGACGCCAGGGCGUCCGCCCUCAGGACGAAGUUGUUCGGGUCUCCCGGGGCGGAUGGAAAUGUAUACGGGGAGGGUACGGCACGGUCCCGCCGGCGGCAGGACAGGCACGAUCGGGGGGUUUCCGAUCCGGGACGGCUCAGCGCAGAGUCGGGGGUGGCUAGCUUGGACACGACGGCAGAACCCAGGACAAGUUGGAAGAGCCUCCUACAGCAGUCUAGGAACCAGGAACUGGCUGAUGCUAUCCAGACGUCCCUGGACCUGGCAGGUCCGCGUGCUAACGGCAGCGAGGAGUCCCGUCCCCACUCUCCCACACAUGACUCCGACAGCGGCAUAAGCCACAGCCUGUCCAUGUCUUCUUUGAAGACAAAGUCGCCCGUCAUUGCCAGAGCUUUAUCCCUUCUGGGUGAAACGUACGAUCGGAGGAAAGAGGAGCUGACCCGUCCCAUCCACAGAAGUCCUUCCUGGUCCAAACCUCAUUCCUACAGCACAAACAGACCUCAGAACUCCAUCUACAGGGCACAGUCCCAUGAGUCUUUGCACAGGCCCCAGGAUUCCUUGUUCAGGAGUCCCUCUCCCAGCAGACAGCAGUCCCAAGACUCUUUCAUCUAUGCCACACCCAGCGGGAUGUCACCGGAAAAGGUAUUACAGGACAGCUUGCAGGAGAGUGAGUCCAGGAGACUCAACCUGGUGGACAAGCUGCGGGAGGCCCAGGAGACUCUGCAGCUGCAGACGGAAAGGCUCACUGAGGCUGAAGGGAAGUUGAAUGAGAGCAAGAUGACUGUGGCUAACAUGAAGUCUCACCAACAGCAACUGGAAUUCCGAGUGAACACACUGGAGAAAGAUAAGGCUGACCUGGAGGCGACACAGAUUGAAGGUAUACAGAGGAGGGACGAGCUCCAUGACAGAAUUGGGCAACUGGAUGCAGAACUGCAUAGUUUACAGGCUUCCUACAGCACCUUACAGGCAGAGUACAGACAGAGACAAGCCCUAGUGGACCAGACCAGUACUGCACUCAACAUGAUGGAACAGGAAAACACCAACUUUCAGAAGACCAAAGAGACUAUGGGCCGUGAGAUGACUGCCCUGAAGGAGUCCCUCCAGCUGGCCAAGCUGCGGGCAGACAAGCUGGAGGCAGAGAAACAAGUCUCACAGCAGGAGGCCAACAAUCUUAGGGAGAAACAGCAGGCCUUGAUCACACAGAACAGCGAGGUUACCCAGAAGUUAGCAGAAGUCACCACGUCGUAUGCACACCUGAAGGAUGACUGGUCCAACAUCGGAGAUGAGUUCAGCAGGGUCAAACAGGAGAGAGACAGUUUGUUCAGCAGGACAUCCAGACUGGAGGAUGUCCUGGCUGAUGCCAAGUCCAAACUGGCCAGCGUGACGGCAGAGAAAGACAGACUGUUCCAGGAGAAGAUUGACCUUCAUCAGAAGGUGCAGAAAAUGACAGUGGACAAGGAACAGCUCAUGAAGGCCAAGCACUCCGUGGAAGAACAGUGCACAGAACUCCAUGUGGACCUGGCACAGGCCAAACUGUCCGCAGACAAGAACAACCAGGAGAAAGUCCGGGUAGAACAGGAGCUCAAUGCUGUGAAGAAGGUGAGUGAAGACCUGUCCAGUGAGCUGUCUAUGGUCAAACACAACUUGGAGAAGGCACAAGAGCUUAACAAACAGCUGGAGUCCAGCAAACGUCUGGCAGCACAACAGCAGUUAAUGUUGGAGGGGGAGCUAAAGAGAGUCACACAGGACAAAGACCUAUUAAACAAGUCCUUUGAGAGGUUGAAGAAGGAGCAGGAGGCAGACAGAGAGAGGUGGGAUGAGCAGCAAAGGAACCUCAGGGAAACAUUGCAGGAGCUGAGAGACAACAAACAACAGCUGGAUACAAGAACAAGAGAGCUGGAAAAGAAACUGUCCCUUGCAAAUGAAGAGCACCAGUACACCAUGGGUCAGAUCCAGGCAGAGUGUGCGGAGUGGAGAGACACGUGCGAGCGUCUGACGGGCAUGUUGGAGAGGAAGGAGGAUGAGGCACGAAAUCUACAGCAGAAGUUACAGGACAUACAGGAGAAGAACUCUGCCCUCCGAAUGGAACAGCAGUUGAGGACCAUGAAGGAGGCGGAGCUAACUGAAGCCCAGCAGGAGAUUGACAGGCUGGGUGAAGAGAAGCAGAGGCUACAGCAGGAAAAUGUAGAGAACCAGCAGGUCAUCAGGCUCCUGGAGAUGCAGAAAAACAUCCUCACUAAGCCCCAGCCAGGCUCAGAGCCUUAUGAGCAGCUCCAAGCUGAGGUGGACAGGAUGAAGGCAGAACUUACACUCAACCAGGACAAAUUAGAAGAGCUACAGAGAGACAGGACUCAGCUGAUUCAACAGAUAGAGGAAUUGAUGGCUGAAAAAGACUCCAGUUUGUCCCUGGAUCGCACCAAGAUGUCGGAGAUCCUGAUCAACCACCCGACGAUCCGGACAGCAGAGCUGGAUGAACGCUGCCAGGCCCUGGAGAGGGAGAGGAUCAGCCUGCAGGGCAUCAACGACGACAUCAAACAUCAGCUCACCAAACUGGAGAAGGAGAAUGAGGUAUUGCGGCAGAGGCUGUCUGCUGCCGAUUCUCCCAGUGGAACAGACACCAACCCAGCCUUGUUACAGUUGCAGCGAGAAAACGAGAAAUUUCAGGAAGAUUACAGGCGCUUGAAGGCCUCAUACAAUGAACUAGAGAACAGACACCUCAGAUUGAUAUCCAGUCCAGAAAGUCCAGGAGAUAGAAGUGACGACUCUAAACAGAUGAAGAAAGAAAUAACAAGAUUAGAGAGUCAGGUGUCUCUACAGAGAGGCCAGAUAGUGCUGUUAGAAAACUCCAAGAGAAGGCUAGAGGACCAAAACAAAAAACUUGAGGCAAAAGUGCAGGAAUUGGAGGAAAGAGAAUAUAACGAAUCCUUCCCUGGAAAGAGUAUGCAGGAAGGGAGCAGCCAUAGAACUCACAGUCGCUCCAGUGGGGAUGGAAGCAGCGGUGUUGCAGAUGAGGAGAAGACAGUGUUGAUUGAGAAGCUGAAGGGGGAGAAGGAGAAGUUCCGUCGUGAGGUGGAGUCUCUGUCCUCACAGCUGAAGGAUGCGGAGAUCAUCCAGGAAAAACAAGAGAACGUCAUCAGGAGCAUGAAGGAGGAACUUGAAGAUGAAAAGAUGCGCAAACCAAAAAAGAUAAGGUUCUUGGACGAGUUGCAACCACCACAGGAAUCCAUGGAUGAGGUGGGUGCAGAACUGCUGCAUGUCCGCGGGGAGCUCCAGAAGGUGUGGGACAUGAUCCACGUCAAGGGAUGGGGAGUUAGAGGAGCACGGCAGGCAGUUGGAGGAAGCUCGAGCAAAGCAUGCAGAGGUGCAGCUAGAGAAGGACAGAUUGCAGCAGAAAGUGGACAGCCUACAAAGACAAGGUAGUCAGCAAAGAGGAAACCAUCACAGAGCUGAGGAAUGAGAAGAACAGUUUACAGGGACAACGUAGAGGCUCUGGGACAUUAGCAGAGAAACUUGAAUGUCUUGAAACCGAGAAUCAAACAUUGAAGGACAAGUGCCAUGACCUUGGGAGGACAAUUGCUGAGUUGGAAGUUGCUAACAAAGAUUUGUCAAGAAAGUUUGAUAAACUGUCUAAAGACAAAGAGGGUGCAGACAAGGAGAUCAGUAGCUUGAGAAGUAGUAUAACAGAAGGCAGCAGUUUGGAUGAUGAGAGGAGGCGGCUGGGGGUGGAGUGUACACGGCUGACUGAUGAGUUGGACAUCAGUACCUGGAGUUAGAGGAGAAGAUAAAACAGGUAUCAUCUUUGGAAAAAAGAUUACAGAAUUCACAGGAGCAGCUUCAAAGAGUGAAAGAAG